AUGCUCGAAGAGAAUCUUCGAGAUCAGUUCGUGUCCGGUCUGAGCAGUGAUGACAUGCGAUCGCGUUUAUUUGCCGAAAAAGACAUAACAUACAAAAAGGCGGUGGAACUAGCUCUGGCAUUGGAGGCUGCUGAUAAACAUGCCGAGGCGAGCGCUACUCAUGGCGGUGCGGGCGGCCGGGACAGCGGCGCGGGCAGCAGCGCGGGCGCAGGCGGCGUGUGGGCGCACGGCGGAGGCGGCGGCGGCGCCGACAGGCCGACCGACGGCCUGCACGCGGUGCGCAGCGCACGGCCCGCGGGGAGCACGGCGGCGGCGAGCGCCACUUGUUGGCGGUGCGGUAAACCGCAUCGAGCAGAUAAGUGCCGUUUUAAAAAUUAUUCAUGUGAUAAGUGUCAGCGUAAAGGUCAUUUGAAAGUGAUGUGUAAGACGUCAGAGAAUAAAAGACACAAUUUCAUCGAGGAUGAAUCAGACAGUGAUUUAUAUAAUAUACGGGUGAUGUCUUCCGGAGACAAUCCUUAUUUUGUGGACUUAACAGACACGGAAUCGGUGUACAUGCGGGCGCGACCGGUACCGCUCGCGUUACGCGCGGCGGUUGAGCGUGAGCUGAACCGACUGCAAAAGGAGGGUUCUAUAUAUUCCGUCGAACAUUCCGAUUAUGGAACACCUAUUGUACCAGUAAUUAAACAAUCAGGUGAAAUUCGUAUUUGUGGAGAUUACAAAACAACUAUAAAUCCUAAAUUAAAAAGAGAUCAUUAUCCCCUGCCUCGGAUAGAAGAAUUAUUUGCUGCCUUAAGCGAAGGAGAAGAAUAUUCGAAAAUAGAUCUCACCACUGCCUACAUGCAGGUCCCGCUGGAAGAGGACUCCCAAGCGGUGACUGCCAUAUCCACGCAUCUAGGUACAUUUGUAUUUCGACGUACACCUUAUGGUUUAAGUUGUGUACCUGAAAAAUUCCAAAAAAUCAUGGAGGAGACCCUACGCGGUCUUCCGAAUACAGUAGUGUUUUUAGACGACAUCUGUGUCACAGGACCUGACAGGUACAGUCAUAUACAAAAUCUGCGUGCUGUAAUCAAAAGGUUAGCUGAAAUGGGCCUCACUAUUAAAAUUAAUAAAUGUUCUUUUUUACAAACUAGUGUAUCGUACUUAGGUUUUGUAAUAGACAAAAAAGGGUUACAUCCAGAUUUAUUAAAAGUGGAAGCCAUAUUGAAAGCACCACAACCAGAUUACAUCAAUCCGAAUAGUAGUAGCUAUGGACUAGGGGCAGUUUUAGCGCAUAGGUAUCCAGACGGUACCGAGCGACCGAUCAGCUGUGCUUCGCGAACACUUACGAACGCCGAAAAGAAUUAUAGUCAAUUAGAUAAGGAGGCAUUGGCUAUUUUGUACGGUGUGCAAAAGCACCAUCAAUUUUUAUACGGCCGAUCAUUUGUAUUAAAAACGGACCAUAAGCCAUUGACAUACAUUUUUGGUUCAAAAGGAGGUAUACCACAGACGGCGGCGAGCAGGCUGCAACGAUGGUCAAUUAAACUAGCAGCUUAUGAUUUUGAAGUGGAAUAUGUGAGCUCUAGGAAUAAUAGUAACGCAGACGCCUUAUCUAGGUUACCACUGCAAGGGGAAUUAGGUCUAAAGGUGUCAAAUAAAACCAAUACAAUAGGCAAAAAUAAUGAAUCACAUUAUUUAAAUUUAAUAAAUGAAACUUUGCCAGUUAAUUAUAAAGAUAUCGCUGUCGCAACUAAAUACGAUUCAUUGCUGUCAAAAAUAUAUGGUUACAUUAUGUAUGGUUGGCCGAAUGUAACUUUUACGGAAUUUGAGAAACCUUUUUACAAUAGACGGACGGAACUAUAUGUGGAACAUGGGUGUAUAUUAUAUAAAUAUCGUGUCGUAAUUCCGAGUAAAUUACAACAACAAAUAUUAUCAGAGAUACAUGAAGGUCAUUUAGGGGUGAUCAAAAUGAAAUCAAUCGCCAGGAAUUAUGUUUAUUGGCCCGGGAUAGACCUCGAUAUUGAGAGGGUAGGACGUGAGUGCGAGGCGUGCCGGAAUGUCCGUGAUGCCCCACCGCGGUCCUCACUGCAUCCUUGGGAGUUCCCUGCGGCACCAUGGCAACGAUUACAUGCCGAUUUUGCACAAUUGAAUGGAAAGUACUAUAUUGUGGUAGUCGAUGCCAACUCAAAAUGGUUAGAUGCAACACUGUUACGUAGUACUUCAGCUAGUGACACUAUUCAAUAUUUUCGUAAUUUAUUUUCAAUAUUUGGUUUGCCUUUACAAUUGGUGACGGAUAAUGGUCCCCCAUUUCAGAGUCACGAAUUUAAUGAUUUUUGUAGAAAAAACACAAUUAGACAUUCUACUUCAUCACCAUAUAGACCACAAGGUAAUGGAGCCGCAGAAAACUCUGUAAAAACAAUAAAAAAAGCCUUAAAGAAAGCUAUUUAUGAAGGAAAAGAUUUGGCCCUAGCAUUGAGUCGAUUCCUCUUUCAAUAUAGAAACUGUGAGCAUGCUACGACUGGUGUGGCACCAGCAGUCGCUUUACUGGGACGGCGAUUACGUACUAGAUUAGAUGCGGUGCGACCUAAUACUAGUGAUAUCGUUAGACAGGCGCAAGAUAAACAAAUACUGAAUGCUGGCGGGGUAGACAGAACUUUUGAAGUGGGGGAUAGUGUGUUAGCAAGAGACUGUUCGUCGCAGGGGGACAAAUGGACCGAAGGCCGGAUAACGUCUAAAACAGGGCCAGUCUCGUAUACAGUUCAGUUAAAUACUGGAAACCCUUGUCGUAGACAUUCAGACCAAUUAUGGCCUCUAACACGUAAUAGGUUCUCAAUGUCAGGUUCAAAUAGCAACGAAAUAUCAGAUAGUACUAAUAAUCAGUCAUUUGAUAAUGAUAUUCAACAAACACAACAGAAAAGAAAUAGCUCGCACAGUCCUAUAAUAGGUGAAAAUAAGAAACGGGAAGAAAAAGGGAAUAUGUCAACCAAUGUAAAGAGUUUAGAGUUUGAGCAACAGCCACCAUUAGAUCAGGGUAGUGAUCGGGCUAGGCGCGCGCAUGAAAGAGAAUUACGCAAACAGGGGAUGGAGAUAUGA